CAGCACCUCCCCAUUCCUCCCACUUCUCAUCGGGUCGGGUGCAUUAUGCAUGCAUUGGACACGUGCAGGAUAUCCAACGGAACAGCGCCUCUGACAAGAACAAGAGCGAAAGCCGUUUUCCGCCCAUCGCAACCACUCUCAUUUCCCUGGCCUUCCUCAACAUGCUGCACCUCAUCAGGCGCCGAUCACACUACAUUGCCAAAACACCGGCAGAUGUGAUGCGGUCGCUUACUGCUGGCCUCUCGUCCGGCACGUUUGCUGUGUCGUAUUCCUGGGGGCAUUGGACCAAGACGGUUGCACGCAACGCGUUCAAGUGCUUUGCAAACGGUGUGUGCUGGAUUGACAUCCGUAACAUCUUGCCGGGCCACCGCAUCCAGGACACGUGUGCAGAGGCCAUGGCAAACGCUGAUGCAGCCAUCGUCUUCCUGUCGGACCAAUACCUUCGGUCGCAAAACUGCUGCAUCGAGCUUCUCAACCUGGAGCCACAGUGCGCGAGGGUCUUGGCAGCCAUGCGCAACAACUGGAUCGACGACCUGCAAGAUGCCGAGAGCAAUGGCGGCACUGGCACGAUGCCAGAUGGUGGGCGCAGACCUCGCGUCGCCGGAACACAGCGGAAUACUACCGAGUUUGACACCUACACCCUCUCCCAACUCCUGCAAAGAGAGCCUGGCCGUGCGUCCCGCCUUGUCGUCAUCGUCAGCCUGAACGCUUUCGACAAUCAACGUGAGCUCCGGACUGAACUCGUGAGCAUCCUCAGCAAUGCAGGGCACUACGUCUGGUUUGCAAGGCCAUCCACAGAGAUCCAACUGCGUCGUCGCCUCCCAAGGCUGGUGUUGGAAGGGUUUUUGCGAAUCAACACAUUUCAAGACAUUUACAAGCGACAACAAACAACGCCGGCCGUCAAUGAUUACUGGCACGGCACCGCCGCAUCCAUGUUCAAGACGGCCAACCUCCACAUUGCCACGCCUUUGUUGGCACUGCUCAUGUGGGUCGUUGAUGGUGUGUUCUUUGUCGUGGCGAAUCUGCAGGACGACACGACGGACACCAACCUCACCAGCUCAGGCAUUGAGCUGCUGAUCGACAUUGUGGCAGCGGCACUGAUCAUUGUUGCACUCGCCGUGCACAUUGCACUCGUCGUUGCUAUGCGUGGAUCGUACUCGCACAAGCACAUGCGGUGGCUGUGGAUCAUCAACCCGCUGAUUGGCAUCGAGUACCUGCUGUCCUACAUCUCGCCACCCAUUGCGCAAUCCAUCGACUUUGCGUCCCUGCCUGAUGCGGGCUAUCUCCUGGCCAUUGUCGUGCGCCUGCGCAUCGGAAAGCGGCUGCGUGUGUGCGCAAAGGGGAUCGCCAAGAUGCCGCAACUCGUCAAGGGCGCCCUGCGCACACUCAUCCAGUAUGGCGUGAUUCAGAUGACGGACACCCAAGACCAGGCUGACUUUUCACUCGUCUGUCUUGACGUAGAUGAUGGUGUGACCGUUCGGAAGCCCCGGCUGGGGUUUGGAUCAACAGGAGGCGUUAAGCUCUGUGUUCCUGAAAACCUAGACACUUCUGGCGCCACUCUCUACUGGACACGCUUCACGCUUGAAGACAUUGUCAAGGUUGCCCCUGAUGCAAAGACGGCCAUGAUCAAGUGCUCCAGCAACAAGCAGCUCACCAGCGCGCAAGCCUGUCCAGGGUUGGAGACGAUAUUCGUGCAGAUGCUGAAGCGCUCCCUCGGGCUGACGCUGACGGCGCACGUGGCCGCUGGUCGAGGCAACUUCGAGGACAUUGAUUUUGAAGACGUGCAGCAGUCUUCUUUCCUCUCCAAACUCUUUGCAUAGAUGGGUGUGGUGGUGGUGGUGGUUGUGGAGUGCCACAACAAGAGUUCCUACAAGAGCAUCACAAGCCUUAAGCUUACAUGGCCUCCAUAGCCAACCGGGGUAAAUGCUACAGAGCCUCUUUUAUUCCGGCUGUGGAGGUGACGUUGUUUGCAUUGUUACUCAUCAUGUGCUGUGUGUGCUUGCUUGGAGAGAUGCUGGUACGUGCGCUGUGGGUUGUUGUGUGCUGGUCUCUGCUGGUGCAGUUAAGUGGUGCCAAGCAAGAUAAAGACACUGCUUGCCGG